AUGUCAUCCGAGCACAAGUUGCAGGAGACGGAGGAACGCCUUGGUGUCAUCCGCCAUGAAGGAACUCCUGGCGGUCAGGCCGAGUCGGCGUUGGGGACGGGAGGGGGUUCGUUUCCCCCGUCUCAGGUUGUGGCGGGCGAUAUUGCGGCGGCUAUGAGGGCUGCUGCAGGUGGAGUGGAUUCAACCGCAGGCGACGUGGCUUCAAAUACGCAAUCCACGGCAGAUGUUGGUGCUGCAGAGAGCGUUGGGCUUCCGACUCAGGGUCACCCUCGGGCCUCGGCUUCCGGCGGUGACCGCCAGCCGGAGUCCCGGCGUGCGGAUGACCCAGUCCAGGCCCACAUCUUGUCGCGUUUGGCCCAUGUGUUGGUGGGUGCGGCGGGGGAGGGGGAGCCUAGCGAGGGCACCCCGCUCGCCUUACCGAGAUCGCUGGGGCUGAAGAACUUCCGGCCGGAGUCGGGGCAGGAUGGGAGUCGUGGGCCUGGGGAGUCGGGAGGCCUCGGUAUGGUGCCGGUGCAGUCGCCGUGCGGCGGGGGCGCGGGCAGGGGGGCGAGUGCGCCCGCGAGGUGCAACGCCAAAGAGGCGGCGAGGAGGGAGGCCACCAUUUGGCAAGCCAAAUGUAAUCAGACACUGUGGGUACUUCGGGGGCAGCGGGGGCCGGAGCCCGGGCCACAGGAGGAGGACCUGCAGGGUUUGAUGGGCGAUAUCGUUCAAGUCACCGGCGACGUCCUCGCCCAGAUGCGUGCGUUUUCAUCUUUUGAUGUCAAGAGCUUCCGGCCCGUGGGGGUCGCCCGAACGUCGUCUAUUGCAGACAACUUCGACGUAACGUGUGAGGCGGUGAUGCGGCUGUUGAAGUUUGGCCUCGAUUCGUCCACGACCGCGGGUGCGCAAUCUUUGCAGCGGUUGGAACCCAUCGCCACAGCCAUGGCGGACGCGCGAUCCAGGUUUCGGACUACUCUCGUGCGGAACAGUGAUGUGUUUCCGGACGAGUACUAGCGGGUGGCACUGCCGAGUUUGCUGAACGAGGACUUCAAAUUGUGGACAACGGCGAUCAUCACCUGGAUGUACCCCUUCACGAAGAUGCAUUCUUCGCCGGAUGCGUUCGACGGCCACACCUUGCCGCCGGUGCCCGAGUUCUCCAACAUCAAGAACUUCUGUGAACGGGGGGUGAACCUAUUCCGGCUGAUCCUGAGUGAAGGGGGAUCCCUCCCCGGGACAGGAAGGUCGCGGGGCGGGAGCGGCAAGCGUAAGGCGGGCCAACUGGAUCGGGGUGAUUCAUCGUCACGGAAGCGCGUCUCGAGGAAGUGCUUCCAGUUCCGCGACUCUGGCACGUGCACUUUCGGCGACAAAUACAGGUUUGAGCAAGCGCCGAGACUCGUCAAGUACCGGAAUUGGCGGUGGUGGGGGCGGGAGUCGUGGUGGACGGGGGCGCUCGUCGGUUGGUGGUCAGGGGGGCGGCGUCUCCCGUGGAAGAGGGCAGGCUGACGGUGGCGACGGUGGCGGCUCGUCGUCGGCCGUGGUGGUGCGGGGUGGCAGCAACUAGGGGUUCGGGCUCCGCCCGCUGGCGGGGCCAAUUCCUGUGUCGGCUCCAGCUGAGAGGCCGCAACAGCAGCCAGGUCAUAGGGAGAUGGCGUCCCGGGCCUUGGCUGUCGUGGGAAUCCGAGGCGAGCGCUGCGAGGGCUUGCCCGGAGUAGCUUCCGACUUAGAAUCAGGCGAAGUCUCCACGCGCAAGGGGAUCACGAUGAUGCUGGACAACAAGCGCCAGCCAGUACCGCCCAAGCACAACUUGGUGCGCAACGCAGCGAGGAAGACGUAAGGAAUCGAACGCGGGCGGGCUGCGGUGGAGGGUGGGUCCCAAGGACGUAGUGCGUGGAUGAUGGACGAGACGAGGCAAAUGCGGCCGUGGUGGCCUUUGAGGAGCGUGAGCCGUGGCCGGGGCGGCGGAUAUGGACAAUGGUGGUCGGGAAUGCAACGCAUCUGGUGGGGUAGGGCGGGGGGGGUAAAAGGGAAGGGAAGGCGCACGGGAGGGUGAUAUAUAUAUUUUUUUUCGGGGGGGGAGGGUCGGGCGCAAAAUCCACAUGCGCCUCUACGAGGACGUGGAGGCAAUUUUGCGGAAGUCGUGUUUUAUGUGUUACAAACAUCAUGAACCGGGGUAAUCUACGGGUGGUGUCCGGUAAGAUUUCGUGUUGUUUCGACAAGUUUUGUCGCUUUUCAUGACGUCGUUUGUUCGGGUGUCAUUCCUGCGUUGUACAUCUCUUGCGCGAGAAAAUUCGAAUUGCAGACAUGUCGAAGAAUAAUGUAGGUUUCCAAACGCAUAUAUUUUAUAACGUUUGGCGUGUAGGGUAAGGGUGAGCAUCCUCCCCCCUGUGUGAGGGAAUGCUUUCAUGUCAUAGUUGUGUGAUGCGAGAUGGUAACAGAUAUGUUUGUUUUUAUUCUGACUUCACGAUGUUGUCUCUAGGGAGGCAGUGUUGGCUGAACAGCAUCAUGGCGUAGACGGUCAACUCCCACAGCCCGGGAGAACCAUAUCGGGAAUGGAUCCUCGUUCACAACGUUUUUAACGUUGUGUUUGACUACGUUAGCGUCGUGAGGAGACGUUGUUUCCGAAGCAUCUACGAAUGCAGACGGUGGUUGGUGAAAAACAUACCGACCAAAAACAAACAAGCGGUACUUCUGUAUGUGGAUAAAAAUAAACAAACUUUGGUCGUGCGCCACACGGUCUCUCUGCGUCCCCCCCCGCCCUAGGCAUCUGUAUAGGAACAC